UUAGGAGUUUGCACGACGGGCACUGAGUAAGAUUCACGAGCUCGCAUGUUUAGAAGCUAACAGCUCGGAUGCAGACACUGUGGCCUCUAGCGCAGCCUUCCACAUCGCAAUGUCAAAAGUGAAUGUUCUCAUUUUUAAGCGAUCUUCGUUUGUCACUCGGCAGCGACCUAAAGGUGUUUUCCGAUCAAAGACAAAGCCAAACUACAAAGACGCUGUCCAACUGCCGUGGCCUCGUACACAAACAGAACGUCUACUGUCUGAUAUGUUUGACAAUAGGGGAUCCAUGCUUGUAGCAGUCAACGAAGCACUAACAGAAGUCAAUAGAAGAACGUUGAUCACGAGUUUGCCGUCACCAGAAAUUAGCUCUGAUAUCGAUCUUGACUCUGUGUUGGAUGUCUAUGCCGAGUUGUUCUUUGCUGGAUCUGAACUGUGUGCCAGUGCGUUAGGGCAAAGUUCCCACACCCAAACUCCAUGGCCUGGAAAUGUUGGCUCUGCAUCAGUCAUAACAUCAGCAUUAGCAGAUGACAUUCCUCUUGGAGAGGUGUUACGUUUCAUUAAGCUGCUGUACAAUUAUGAGCAAUGGGAGACGUUUCUGUCACUCGUUGAGCCUGUUCUCUCUCUCCUUGAGGAUGGAUCAAGCGAGUUGUGUUUGGCUGGUACGAAAGCAUUGCAGAUUCUAUUGGCAAUUGAAGAUGUUCAGUCGGGUGACUUUGUAUCAUCUGGCAAACAAGCAACAAAACGAAAGUCUCCUCAUGAAGGAUUAUUGACUGGCGACUUGCCGGCCACAGAAGAGGUAAAGCGUCAUCAUAAAAGAUAUCAACAGCAACAGCAACAGCAGCAGCAACAACAGGCAGGAGGGGAGAAAGACGAAGCAGCUGUUGAUGCUCGUUCAUUUGUUGACUCACUGCUCCACUUGGCUAACAUUCUUGUCUCCUGUACACGAGAACCUUAUGCUUCUGCCAUUCAAGCUCGUGAGAUGGACAUUCUCAUUGACACAUGUCUAUAUCUCUGGUCGUGUUGUCGUUCUGUUUUCCAGCGUUUCAUGUCAGCCGAUGAAGACCAGAUUCUCUCAUUCCUACGAAUAGACGACUCCAUUCAGUGGCUUCAAAUACUCUGCAGUCUCUACAUCACACUCACAUGGGCAGGAUUUUCGACCAUUGAUGUUGCUCUCUAUUCAGACAUAACGCUAAAACUUGCAUUGGCUCUGGAAGGAAUAGCUAGUCUGAAUGCAAACUCAAGACCUUACCAGAUAUAUGUUCCUGCUGCAUCUGUUAUUAUUAGUAUGUUGAGGACACUGUCGGUGCUGGAGAAAGGUGAUGCAGAGGAUGCUGGUGGUGAGAGAGGAGAGGAGAAACAGUCGUAUGUUGACGGGCAGUCGAAGGUUGUGUUCUUGUCUCGUACAUUCAUACUGCGAGAAGUCGAGAAGGUUGUGAAUACGGGAUUGGCGGCUGUCGGAGCGGCUCAGGAUCGUGUAAAACGUGGGAGUAAAGUUGCUGACGUAGUUUUGUUCAUGAAGGGCCAAUCGUCUGUCAACAUCGAGAAUCACUCGGCUGUAACUAAAGCAUUAGAAGCCGCCAACAUGGCUGCAUUAGUGACCGAAUUUGUAUUCAUUUUGCAUCGAAUCGAAGUCAAACUGCUGGCAUUUGUGGCCAUUCCUAGACAGCCAUUUCAAGAUGUGUUGAAGCAGAAGCGGCGGUUGGUGAAAGCUAGGAGUGCGGGUGUUGGGCAGGAAGAGCAAUUGCUUGCUUCUUGCGAUAAGAAUUUGGUUAGUCGAGCAUUGCUUUACAUGCAAUUGGCUGUACAUGCACGAGGUGUGCAGAGAAGACAAAUGGCAUCUGCUUGGAUAGAGGAAAGUUUUAGUCUUUUGAAGCAAGCUGAGCAACAGGAACGUCGCCUGAUGUCUUCUCUUGCUCUGCCUUCUAUUUUUGAGGACAACAAGUCACAAACAAUUCAGCCCACUCUCAUUCCUUCGGAACCGUUACUUGUCAGCUGCAAUGACACUAGCAUGGUCUUAAGACCUGCACCAUUCAUUUCCAGCAAGGGAGAAAAGGUCUCGUGGUACAAACUAUAUGGUCGAGUGGCUACAGGACCCAAUGCAAAAGUUCGAUUGAACGAUUAUCAUCUUCCUGGAUUAGAACAACAAGUUCCUGCCACUGACGACUGUGUGCUGCAUGUGACAGGCCUGAAACCCAAUGAAACAUACAUGUUUGCUGUGGCUGCAUACACGCAUGAUGGCAAACUAAUCGGCUCUUCUAUUGGAGCAUCAACUCGUCCUCUACUCGCUGCAAAUUACCUUCCUCUUCUUGACGUGUGGGGCUUUCUAGCACAAGCUGCAUAUCGUGUUGGUGUCUACCACAUAUCAAAGCAUGCAGCUUCAGUUCUGUGGGACUACUUUGUAGUGCCAAGGUCACCUCCUUCUACGCGACAGUCAACAAUCAGCGCAGACUUGGAACUGCAAUUGAACGAGAUUGAUCGUCAAAAGGCUCUGUUGUCUUCCAGAAUUUUGUUGCGGCACUUUGUUGAGACAAUAUUUUUGUUGGUCGACAUCACAGUACGAGAGGGCGGACUCUUUUGCGAUUUGGUCUCAUUUCAAGGACCUUGCUACAACAUGCAGGCUGAACGUCUACGAGCUUGUGAAAGACUUCUGGUUGCUCUUGAGCUUUCUGGUCAUCUAAACGAUGCCAGUCUUUGUCUCCAAGUUAUUGUUCAAUGUUAUGGACUCUUGGUGCCAUUUAUUCAUCACAGACUUGCAUCUCAACCAUCCAUUUUGGUACUGAUGCGAUGCCAUGCUGUUCUACAAGAAUUUCCAUCAGCGACUCGACAGUUUAGACGCACCGCUCAGAGCACAGAUCACUUGCACCAUGUGACAGCCACUCUGACGUAUCAUAUUGCUAAGGCUAUGAGUGUAUGGUCUCAACGGGGACCUGCUGCAUCUAUCCUUGAUGCUGGAAAACAUCUUCUUAGCUCUGUAGAAACAGAAACAGGCCUUCUGUCAUCAAAUGUGGCUCACAAAAUGCCGUGUGUUACGCCAGCAUUGACAUCUCAACAAAAGCGUAAGAAGAAAAGUCAGAAGUCAGGGAAGAAGUUCUCGGUGAUAGGAUUAGGAAAUGUACAAGAGCAGGGACAUGCACAAAGUAGUGAUGCACCCAAGAGUGAAGAUUUGAAGGCACUUGAAGUUGUUAUUUUGCAGUUAUCAACAGGAUCUAAACCAGAAGAGCAAGACAUCACUGGUUCUGAAGAUCCAAAUGUUUUGUAUCCUCUUGUAGCAACGAUGAAUGCUCAGCAGGCUUACAGAGAGGUUGUGAAAUUCAGACGUCGUACUCGAUUUCUUGAGUUUCUAGUUCGAGUUGUUCAGAAGGCAUUUCAUGAGGGUCAUCGUGAUUUGGUACUCGAAUGGGCAGAAGAUGCACUGUCAUGGUUGAACAGGAGGAACGAUACAAUCAUAGCACCCAAAGUGACAUCAUUGCCAAAGGGUCAAGCUGUCACACUCACCGGUGAUCCAAGUCGCUACAAUGCAGCUGUUCUAGAAUAUACUAAGAAAAGUCCUUUGAAAGCGUCAAGGAUGAAGAAAGCUGAACCAAAGCGACGGUCACCGACUCAGUUACGUCAGCUUCUUCAGUUGGCUGUCGAGGAAGUUGAUCCUCAGUCUUCUGUAAGAAUGAUUCCAAAAGAGGACUUUGGUAGAAGAACUUCUGUGCGAUCUCCAGUGUUCAAGAAAGCAGAUAAGAUUAAACGAGACAGAAUUCAUUCUCAACAGCUUGUACUUCUUGAACGUCUAAAAGUCACACAUGAUGAAAUUGCAACAAAGGCUAGGGAGGUUCUACGCUUUCACCUCAUUGACUAUUGGCGCACAAUUCAACGCAGACGAAAGUUGAGGUCAAUCAGCAAUGAUGAAAUGCCAUGGAGAGCACAACUCAACACAUUUCAAGCUCUUAGCUGUUUUAGCAACUAUUUGGAGAGAAUUGAUAAUCGACUUAAACUGACUGAUAUGAACGAUUUUGAUGGACAGCUUACAGAACUUGAUAAUGAAUUGUUUGGACUGGAGACAACUGGCAGCCUUAUUGUUGGCUGGAAAGGCGGUUUUCGCAGUUUUAAAGAACAAGAAACAAGACACGAUACAAUCGACAGUAAUCUCAAUACGACAGCUACACAAGAUGCUAGAACAUCAGAGUCACAGUUAGAACCAAUAAGCAGUGGCCUCUCAGCAUCUGCACAUGAUUUGGAAUCAGCGACUGCAGCUGUUAUUGAAGAGGCACCUACACAUGGAGUCGACAAGGAACCACAUACGGAGGCUGCUGAAGAACCAGAGACUCGUGUGAAAGAUGCCAUACAAAAGGAACGUCAAGGCAAUUGUGCUGUCUCAUCGCGGUCGCAAUUGGAUGCUACUGAGGAACACAUCUCGAUGUUUAUGGGACAGCACACAGGCAUUGUUGUCUCGAGCAAUUGCACAGUCGGAGCGCAAAGUGACAGCAAAACUGCAGAAACCUACACAUUCACAUGA